CUAGUGUUUAUUGUAUAAGAUAACACGAAGUGGUGAUGCCAUCUCUCACCAUUUGUGGUAAUUCUCUCCACAAAAUCGGAGAAGAAACGAUGAGACAGACGCGAAAUACUCUGUAUUCUGUAUUAUUCAUUGGAUUGUAUUUCGUUGGACUAUCAUUUGCAGAAGCGUUUAUAGAACUGAAUGACAUAGCAGAUCUCGUUCAGAAUGUAACGAAGGCACGAAUUGCACCUAAUUUUGGACGACAUGGACCAAAGUCGAGUUAUUAUUACACCCAGAAUAAGAAAUAUAAUCAGUCAGCUCCAAUUGCAUUUGAAACUUUUUAUAAAUUUUCGUAUGAUGUUCCACAGGAAUUGUAUAUGCGGACGCGAUUUAUAAUAAAAUAUUACGGUGAAGAGUAUAAAUCAGUUGGUAUAUUGGCGACAGGUGACUUGGUCAUUGGACCAAUAGAUUCUGAUAGCUCGGAUCUGAGAAGAAUAAAAACAUUCCCUGGAAGAGCGAAAGGGGUAAAAGUGGAAAUAAUUAAUGACAACAGUUUUUUAGCCAUUAAAUGGUUGGAUUUAACAGUUAUCAAUAAAUUUGGGGAAGAAACAGUGGAAAAUGUCGAGGUUGUCUGUGUCAUAUACCCCAGUGGAAAUAUAUUGAUUUACUUCGAGAAGAUACCAGAAGAAGGUGAAAGCGCAGAUGUCAGAGUGAUUGUUGAAGAUGGCUUAGAUUUAGUGGCAGGGAGUGGUAAAAGGCUUAUGAUGUCAUAUGGCACAGAUAAAUCACCUUGGUUUGCGUUGAAAACGCGCAUGCUGAUGGAAUUCACUCCAAAUCCAAACAUUUGCUCUGUACAACGAUCGUCUCAACAGUGCAGCAAUGCAUCAACAGAAGAUGUCACCUGUUAUUGGUGUGCUAUGGGUGGAUAUUGUAGCAAUGGUUGUGAUUCUAAAUUUAUGUUUUGGCAAAAUCCAUAUUGUCAUCUAAAUAUGACAUCACCUUGUUUACUUGCAUUUGAGAAUGAAUCACACUUCAUACAGCAUCAAACUCCACCUUUUAUUAAAAAAGAUUUGAUUGAACUGAGUGAUGUCAAAUCAUUUUAUACAACUUACACAAUUUCAGAUUUUAGAACUACCAACCCUCGUUUAUUUUUAUUUAUUCUAAUACCAACUGCACUAAUAGUCAUUAUUGUGACAAUCUCGUGUGGUUUAUGGCUAUUGGUGGGAAGAAGAAAGUCGACGGACACUACUCAAAAAGCUGCCACAGCAAUCAUAUUCGAUUUGAAACGUGAAGGCAAACUAUAAAUCAUCAUCGAAGUGUACAUUUGUAUUCAGGAUUCAAUUUAUUUAUUUAUUUAUUCAUUCAUUCACUCAUUAAUUUUUCAAUCUUGUUUUAUCAUUACUUCAUCUUAACAAUAUUAGAAACAAAUGACUAUUAUUAUUAUCAUUAUAGUUAUCAUUAUUCAUAUUAUCAUUUCAAACAAAGUGCCUAUAGACGAUACAUUAUCUUCACUUAUAGUGGAUUAUUUUCAUUGUAAAUUAAAGAAUAAACCUGGUUGAUUCUAUUUCCAUUCUGUAAACAUCUGACAGUUAUUGUCAUUUUAUGCUAAAAUAUUUUAAAAGAAGUUGUACAACAAAA